AUUUGAUCAAACUCCAUGGUGUUCGUUAUCUCUUCUUUCUAUAUUCCUGCUUACUUAACUUACGGCGAACUGCUUAUUUUGACUUGAAUGGUGAAAAAGCCGAACGUCAGAAGUUCAGCGAAUGGUUGACUGCUCAGUUGUUAUUCUAAAAUCGAAUAUUGCUCCUAAUGGAUGCUCCUCCUCUAACAUUGAAUUUCUGGACUAUGAAUUGCUGGGUAUUCUAGAAUUUAUUUGGUUCCGUUCAUCUGGCAGUUGCUACUAUACUGACAUUUACGAUUCGGAAAGCUGUCUGAUAUCUACC